UGGCUCCAGCUGAAAGCCCCUUCCUCUGCUGAGUGGAGCUGCCAGGGAAGAGACUGCUGGACUUUGGCUGCUGUGGGUUUUUUUUUUUUAAACAGGAAUGAAGCCUGGCGCCGGCUGAUGGUGCAACAGAGAUUGCCUCCCCCGCCACGUGAUGUGGGGAAACCAGUCACCAAGUGGGAGAGGAGAAGGCCAGUGGAGAAAGGGGGAAAGAGAGCGAGCGAGCGAGCAGGGAAAGGCUGGCAGGGCAGCACUUGGCCUCUGAGCCAGGAGGGGGAGGGGGAAAGCCCCGCUUCCCAGUGGAUCUCAAGGAGCUAGAGGUGAAAAGCCAAGCCAGGGGGUGCCCUAGCCCUCCGACAUCCCCAAAGGUGUGGGUGUGAGCCGGCCCGCAGGAGAGGGGAGGAGACUCCCAAUGUUUAAACUCCCCAGCCCCGGUGGCUUUGGCUUGAUGGAUGGAGCCAAGGGGGAGCAGCUAAGGCGCUAGACCCGGCUCCUGCAGAGGACAGACAGCUCCGCCUGCGUGGAGAAGCCCGGCGUGGGAAGCCGGACCCCAGGGAGGACUGGGGCUUCCUGGACCGGACUGAGCACUGCAUGGUCCCUGGACAGGAGUGGGCAAUAACCCCCCCCUCCCCCCCAGCAGUGGAGCGCUGCACUUAAACUGGAGCUAACGUGGUAACCUGCCGCCCACUCUGGAUUGGGUCGGGGCCCGGCCUUGCUUCGCGCCGCGAUGUAUCAGAGCCUGGCCAUGGCCGCGAACCACGGCCCCCCAGCCUACGAGGGGGCCGGCGGCUUCAUGCACGGCGGGGCGGCCGCCUCCCCGGUCUACGUGCCCACCACCCGGGUCACCUCCAUGCUCCCCAGCCUGCCCUACCUCCAGAGCGGCGGCUCCUCCCAGCAGGCCAGCCCGGCCUCCAGCCACUCCAUCUGGACGCAGCCCGGCGCCGAGCCCGCCGCCUACAACCCCGGAGCCUCCCACCCGCCCGUCUCGCCCCGCUUCUCCUUCUCGCCCGGCGCCUCCCGGGAGGCCGCCCCGUACAGCGGCCCGCUGAGCCGGGAGCAGUACGGCCGGGGCUUCGGCGGCUCCUACUCCGGCCCCUACCCCGCCUACGUGAGCCCGGAGAUGGGCACCACGUGGAGCGCCUCGCCCUUCGACAGCCCCAUGCUGCACAACCUGCCCAACCGGGGCGCCGCGGGGGCCGCCCGGCACGCCAACCUCGAGUUCUUUGACGACUACUCUGAGGGGCGAGAAUGUGUCAACUGUGGAGCCAUGUCCACCCCACUCUGGAGGAGAGACGGCACGGGACACUACCUGUGCAACGCAUGCGGGCUCUACCACAAGAUGAACGGCAUCAACCGACCGCUGAUCAAACCCCAGAGGCGGCUGUCCGCCUCCCGCCGCGUUGGGCUCUCUUGUGCCAACUGUCACACGACCACGACCACGCUGUGGCGCAGAAACGCUGAAGGCGAGCCAGUCUGUAACGCCUGCGGACUGUACAUGAAGCUCCACGGGGUCCCAAGGCCUUUAGCAAUGAGAAAAGAGGGGAUUCAAACGAGGAAACGUAAGCCGAAGAACCUUAACAAAUCCAAGACACCAGCAGGACCGUCCAGUAGUGAGAGUCUUACCCCCACCACCAGCUCCGCCAGUAACACCAACACCACCACCAACACCGAGGAAAUGCGCCCCAUAAAGACGGAACCGGGGCUUUCAUCUCAUUAUGGGCACCCGAGCCCUAUUUCUCAGGCAUUCUCAGUCACCGCGAUGUCUGGGCACGGAUCUUCUAUUCACCCUGCUAUUUCAGCCCUGAAGCUUUCCCCACAGGGCUACCAAUCAGCCAUCAGCCAACCUCCACAGGCCAGCUCCAAACAGGACUCCUGGAAUAGCCUGGUCUUAGCCGAAAGCCAUGGAGACAUCAUAACUGCAUAACCUCUUCCUCCUCCCAUGGACUUCAGGCUCACCCACGUGAGAUACAAAGACGCCACAUAAUAGUCAAGCAAAAGCUGUUUGCUUUUCGCCCUUUCUCCUCGAGGGAAGUAUGAUGUAAUUCUGGAAGAACAAUUCCGUACGGUAUUAUAAAGAGGACUUCCCGGAACAGCUAAUACUAAGUAAGCAGAGAAGACCCAGUUUCAUCAUAACAGUGGCUGAUCUGAAUCUUUCCCUUUAAACAAACCGGAUUGUAACCACUUUCUAUGAAACAGCCAGAAACAAAGACAGGACUCAGGUGUUUUUUAAACUUCUGGCUUUAACAUCUCGGAUAGCGAUGGCACGGAGACACUUUCUUCUUCUCACCAUCCAUUCGUUUCCUGACCAGGACAGCCCAGGAGAAAAUGCCAUCGCCUUGUUAUCGCCCAAAGGCAGAGAGUUGAUGACCUUCCAUUCAGCAAAGCCGGCUCCAGGACAAUUUGUUACGUAGACUUAAUUUGACACAACUUUGGCUGCUUUUGUGGAUUUCAAUACCAUGAUUCGGUUUAAGAAGAAAGAAGAACUCAGCUCACACAUGUACCAAAACAUCCAAAGCUUUGUUUUCAUGUUACCAAGGAGUCAGAGAACCGAACCAUUGUACUUAUUUAACAGGAACGAUUUUGUCUUUCCUAAUUAUGGGAUCGUGUUUCCAAAAGGCUGGAGAAGGUCUUGCAGCCAGGCCUAAUGCUUCAGUGAAAGUCUUUACGAGUUGCGUGGGAAGAGACCCAGAGAGUUUAUGAAAAACAUGAUGGAAAAUGUUGGAUUCUGCCCUUUGAGAUAGCAAGGAGCCUGGCUCGAGGAUCUCUAGAGCAGGGCAACACUGUGAUUGCCGCCGUGACAUGGUGCUGCAAUUGUGUAUGAUCCUGUGGCCUAUCACAAUUAAUUAUUCUACGUUCUUUCUGAUGUUUUCCGUUGCCAUUGAUAAAUCUGAUUAUCUUUUUUCCAUGGCAGUAUCUGCCUUUUAACCCAAACGCAGACCUGUUUCCCUUCCCCACGUCCAACUAAAGCCAAUUAGCAAUUCAGCUUUCCUAAAGGCAUUACUGUGGGCAGAAAGCGGCCUUGUGAUCAUCCACUGUGUAACUGAACAUCAUAGGCAGGGAAAAAUCUAGUCGCCAGCUAUGCAUGAGCACACAGCUGUGAUAUCCAUGGGACAAGCUUAAUUACAUGUAUUUUUUAAAUAUGAAGAGACUAGUGUUGUCUCCCCACAAGGCCCAGAAGAGUGGCUGCCCCAUGGAGGGCCAGCCCUAUUUGUGUAGGCAGAGAACUUCUUGGGGCCCUUUUGAUCAACCAAACAGGUUUCCCGAUCUCCUUCCCUCCCCCUUCCCCCAAUUCUCAGGCACCCAUCUCUCCUCUUGUCUGCCCAACCUUUCUCUGUCCUCCUUGGAGUCAAAACUUGACUGUGUAAAGCACUAAAAGAAAAUAUAGAGAGGUGAGGGAUUGUGCCCCCCAGAUCCAUAUACGAAGGGGUCCUCGGCGUGUGAGUCUCUCCUGAACAGAUGGGGUGGAGGAGGCCCCUAAGCUGUCGCCAUGGAAACAUGCCAUAUUUCCCUCCAACCCUGCAAAGGCCUCUCUGUAGGUCUGAAGUCAACACAGGGGUGAGUGGGUGAGAACGCAAUGGUCAGAGAUGGGGCUGUGGAGAGACAAAGGGCUGUUUUGUCUCCCCACUGCAACUUCCCUGGGUGGUGGGAUGCCCCUUUAAGGGGGUGUUGCUCAGGCAGGCGCAGCUAGGGAGAUGUUAAUGGAGCUGCGCGGACAGGGGCUGGGAGCGAGGGGUGCAGCGUUGCAAUGGAAGCAUGGACCCUUCCAGUACUCCUGGGAUCUGAACUGAUCGUUGGAGAUCCAGAGGGUUUCUGGAUGGGUUCCACAGCUGAUUGCAGGUGGGAGGUAACUGCACCCCCUGGUGGCGGAACAAUGUGGCAGGAGAUCCUUGUGGUGUUUUUAUCACCAUGAGACACCUCCCAUAGGGUACCCUGCAGUGGGGGGGUGGGGGGGGGCAUGAUCCAGCCAGUAAUAAGGAGCAAUCCUGCAUAGGCCCAUGGGAAUGGAUUCCAUGACCUGCUAGGUCUUUUCCAUCUCUAACUUCUCUAAGAUUCCCAGAAUCUCUAUCUCCAUCACCCCUCAACCUCUUACCUUGCAAGGACCAAUAUCAAGGCUGGUCUUAUUAACAUCUUCAUUAAUGAUCUAGAAGAGGCAGUACAUGAGGUAUUAAUAAAAUCUGCAGAUGAUACCAAAUGAUCUACAGAUCAUAGUAAGUUGUGAAUGCUAGUGAGGAGAGAAAAACAAUACAGACGGUACUUUGCCCAUUGAAAUACGUGGGCGUUUUUCUGUUGACUUCAGUGGGCUUUGAAUCAGGCCCGUAGCGAGGUUAAAAAUGUGGUCAGAAAAGAACAACAGGGCAUUCAGGCUGGAAAAAUACAAGCUCAUACAGCUGGGGGGAAAAUAACACAAAAGACAAUAUGAUUUUGAGAAAAGAAAAGAGUACUUACGGCACCGUAGAGACUAACAAAUUUAUUUGAGCAUAAGCUUUCGUGAGCUACAGCUCACUUCAUCGGAUGCAUUCAGGGAAAAUACAGUGGGGAGAUUUAUAUACAUAGAGAACAUGAAACAGUGGGUGUUACCAUACACACUGUAAUGAGAGGUUUCAGAGUAACAGCCGUGUUAGUCUGUAUUCGCAAAAAGAAAAGAAGUACUUGUGGCACCUUAGAGACUAACCAAUUUAUUUGAGCAUAAGCUUUCGUGAGCUACAUGCAUCCGAUGAAGUGAGCUGUAGCUCACGAAAGCUUAUGCUCAAAUAAAUUGGUUAGUCUCUAAGGUGCCACAAGUACUCCUUUUCUUUUUACUGUAAUGAGAGUGAUUACUUAAGGUGAGCUAUUACCAGCAGGAGAGCUGGGGAGGGACGGGGGAGGGGACCUUUUGUAGUGAUAAUCAAGGUGGACCAUUUCCAGCAGUUGACAAGGACGUCUGAGGAACUGCUGGAAAUGGCCCACCUUGAUUAUCACUACAAAAGGUUUCCCGCCCCCCCUCCUUAAGUGAUUACUCUCCUUACAGUGUGUAUGGUAACACCCAUUGUUUCAUGUUCUCUAUGUAUAUAAAUGUCCCCACUGUAUUUUCCACUGAAUACAUCCGAUGAAGUGAGCUGUAGCUCACAAAAGCUUAUGCUCAAAUAAAUUUGUUAGUCUCUAAGAUGCCACAAGUCCUCCUUUUUGCGAAUACAGACUAACACGGCUGCUACUCUGACACCUGUCAAUAUGAUUUUGAGAUGAAUGCACAGAGGCAGCAGAUGGCUGACAGUAUCUCCCUGGGCAUGGGUGUGAUUCUGGCUAGGCAGCUCCUUCCUUCACUGGAUCCUUCAGCCAGCCUUCUCCCUGAGUAACAGCACCUCUUUAAAUCUGGUGAACUCGCUGUCCACCUGUGCCUGAAACUGCCCUAUACUUUCCUUUCCCUUAGAGAGAUGCACACUCACACAUACCUUGAACUUGACCUAAAGUAAUGCCAACAUCCGGGGACACUUCAAAGUAGGUUGGGCAAAACGGUAGUAAAUGUAGAAAUUCAAGUAUCGUACCUUGAUGGGGAUCCCGCAGGGUUAGAUGGUCUUCUAGCUGCUUGCCAUCUCUGGAAUCUAGGACCCAAAGCAAACGAUGUUCCUUUCUCUCUGUGAGUCCAUUCAGUGGUUUGCCCCUUCAGGCCUGGGGAGAUAUGGAGCUAGGGCUCUUCAAUGCAUAAGGGGGUUUUUGAGGGUCUUUGCACCACGAGACAUAGCCACCUCUGAAGCAGGGAGCUUUGGAGGCAUGAGGAGAGCAGUUUUGCUACGUUUAGCAGAAAAAUGAAUUGUUUCAAUAUUCUUCAUGUAGCCUUAUUUCUCUCUCCGUUGUACACAGCAGAAGUACAGAUGAGUCAAGAGAGCUUCUUGUUCUACUGCUCUUUUAAUUCAUCCAACGCUGCUCUCAGAUAUUUUAGAUCCACAACCCUAGUCUACUUCCUACCCAAUAGUGUUGUUAUUAAUCAAGUUUAUUAUGGUAGUGCCUAAGGAGCCACUGAGAAUGGGGCCUCAUUGUGCUAGGUGCUGCAUAAGCCCAGAGUAGCAGACAGUUCCUGCCCAAAGAGCUUACAAUCUAAAUAGCUGUUAGACAUUAGCUAGAGACUAAGCUAAUUAUUAUUCUUAUUUAUUAUUUGUAUUAUUUUAGCUCCUCGGAGCCCCAGUCAUGGACAAGGACCUGGUUGUGCUAGGUGGUCGACAAACACAGGAUGGGAAAUGGACAUAUUAAUUCAAACACAAGGCUUCCAAGCAAUUAGUCUGCGAAGGCCAGCGGUGGGCUGAAAGUCAGUUGCAAGACCUAGGAGCAUGUACAGAUCCUUCUGCAGGUCAGAGACAGUUUAGAAGGGGGUGAUGUUGAGAAAGGAGAUCAUAUUUAUUAGGCUGAUGAAUUCUAGAAAUGGGGGAGAUCUGAGAAACCUCCUAAGACAGUGGCUCUCAAACUUUUUUACUGAUGACCCCUUUCACAUAGCAAGCCUCUGAGUGUGACCCCCCCUUAUAAAUUAAAAACACUUUUAAAUAUAUUUAACACUAUUUUAAAUGCAGGAGGCAAAGCGGGAUUUGGGGUGGAGGCUGACAGCUCGCAACCCCCCCCAUGUAAUAACCUUGCGACCCCCUGAGGGGUCCCGACCCCCAGUUUGAGAACCCCUGGCCUAAGAAGUAUUAUGAAGCGAUGAGGUCUGAACACAACAGCCUUCGGGGGUUUGGUACAGCCCAUUGUAAAGCGAGGGUCCAUUUAUAAAUUUGGGGGUUAUAUUUUAGCCACUCCCUUCUUUAGUUUGGAGGGGAGGGGCUUGGAUCCGGGGGGAGGGAGGAUUUGUUUUGGUUUUGGUUCUGGCCCAUCUCUAAUAAAAUAAGAUGAGCAGGUUACUGAAAGCUUAUAAAGACAAGAUUAUUUAUUAUUUGUAUUACAGUAUGACCAGUGGUCUCAAUCAGGGCCCCAUUGUGUUAGGCGCUGUGCAAAAACAGAGCACUCUGUCCUGCCCUAAAGAGCUUAAAAUUGAAGGCCCUGAUCUUGCAAACACAUAAGCACGUGCACAAAUUCACUCAUGUGAGGAGUCCCAUAAAAAUCAGUUAGGUUCCUCACAUGAGUAAAUUUAUACAUGUAUUUAAAUGUUUGCAGGAUCAGGGUCUAAGCUGCAAAUACCAGUAAAAUCAGACCUCCGUUAUGGGCCCUUUGGUAAUAUAGGGACACGCGGAGAAGGCAGCCAUGAUGGAUACUGGUGGGUUAGAAAGGUCAUUUACCAGUACUGAUUGUCUUUCAUCUUUGUGAAAGUGCAAUAUCUUUAAUCACUGAUACAUUUUUUGAUCAGAAAAGAUCUGUAUUUAGAUUGCAGUCUUACUGGCUGAUUGGAACGUAUCUGAUCAGGAAGCAUUAAGGAAAUUUGAAGGGGAAUUGUAAUGCUGAUCAACAAUUCUUAAUGUAACUCUGAAGCUGUGACUAUGUUGUGGGGUUUUUUGUUUUUCUUUUUCCUUUGGUAAAGUUUGGUGCUUUCCAAACUCAUCGGGAAGGUCCCAAGAAAACAGACACUUAUUUGUAAGGGGGGGGGGGGGGGGGGAUGAACAAGCUGUAAUUAUUUAAAGAUAUAAAAAUAUAUAUAUUAUGAAUUAGUAUGGCUACCAAUCCACAUAACUUCUACACCUUUCGAACUAAUGGAAAUAAAACAAUGGUAAUAA